GUCAGUACGGUUCUGUAGAAGGUAGUUGCUGAUUCGUGAUGGCUUCCAUCUUCUGCUCCGUUCCUCAGGCUCCCCCGGUGGCUGUCUUCAAGCUUACUGCAGAUUUCCGCGCCGACUCUGACGCCAGGAAGGUCAACCUUGGAGUGGGAGCAUAUCGUACUGAUGACUCCCAGCCAUGGGUCCUGCCAGUGGUGAAAAAGGUAGAGCAGAUGAUUGCAAAUGACAACUCUCUGAACCAUGAAUAUCUGCCAAUUUUGGGUCUGCCUGAAUUCCGCUCUAGUGCUUCCAGAAUUGCUUUGGGGGAUGACAGUCCUGCAUUUAAAGAGGAUCGGGUAGGUGGUGUGCAAUCUUUGGGUGGAACUGGAGCACUGCGCAUUGGAGCAGAAUUUCUGAGGCGCUGGUACAAUGGAAACAACAACACCGCUACUCCCAUCUAUAUUUCUUCUCCUUCAUGGGAAAACCACAAUGCUGUUUUCAUGGAUGCUGGAUUUAAGGACAUCAGAGCUUAUCGCUACUGGGAUGCUGCUAAAAGGGGCCUUGAUCUCGAGGGAUUCCUGCAGGAUUUAGAGAAUGCCCCCGAGUUCUCUAUCUUUUUGUUGCAUGCAUGUGCGCACAAUCCCACUGGAACAGACCCCACUCCCGAUGAGUGGAGAAAGAUAGCUGAUGUGAUGAAGAGGAGGUCUCUCUUUCCUUUCUUUGACUCUGCCUACCAAGGAUUUGCCUCUGGCAGCCUAGACAAGGAUGCAUGGGCUGUGCGCUUCUUUGUGUCUCAGGGUUUCGAGCUGUUCUGUGCUCAGUCAUUUUCCAAGAACUUUGGCUUGUACAAUGAGAGAGUAGGAAACCUAACUGUCGUAGGUAAAGACGGUGAUAAUGUUGCACAUGUCCUCUCUCAGAUGGAGAAAAUUGUUAGUACAACCUGGUCCAAUCCCCCAUCUCAAGGAGCUUGUAUUGUUGCAACCACUCUUAACACUCCUGAGCUAUUUGAUGAAUGGAGAGAUAAUGUUAAGACCAUGGCAGAGAGAGUCCUGUUGAUGAGAGCAGAACUGAAAUCACGACUGGAGGCGCUUAAAACUCCCGGGACAUGGAACCAUAUUGUCAACCAGAUAGGAAUGUUCAGCUACACAGGACUUAACCCUAAGCAAGUGGAGUAUCUUAUAAAAGAGAAGCACAUUUACUUGAUGGCCAGUGGACGUAUAAAUAUGUGUGGGCUGACAACAAAGAACCUUGACUACGUGGCCCAGUCUAUUUAUGAAGCAUCAACCAAAAUCCAGUAAAGGAAGUCCAAACUUUCAGUAGAUGAAAUCGCAACGUAAUUAUGUGUAGUAGUAUGUGUCCCCACGUCCCCAUUGUUAACAUGGCUUUAACAGGAACAAAUGAAGCUGCUGGGAGAUGUGUUACAAAUGCAAAGCAUGUGGGACUCCAUGCUAGAUAUUGUCAUUCUUUGGGCUUUUACCUUGUUUUGCACUCAAGUUGUUUAAAUUUCUCCUAAUGAAUGCCUUGACCUCCUAAAUCUAAGGGAUUUUUUGGUUCUAUAUCAUCAUGUAACCCAGUAAUUAUAUAGCAAAUUAGUUAAAACCUUAAUCUUUAGGGACAAAAAUGUAUGUUUAUUUUGUGUCUGUAAAACCCCACAUCAAGCUUUAAUGACGGGCAAUAUAUCCCAACUAAAGUCUAUUUGCUUGCAAGUAAUAACUAGACAAAGAGCCCAAUUUGCUUAUACUGGAAUAAUACCACUUGCAAAUAUCCAGAUACUGUAUAAAUAAAUCAACAUGUGUGAGCCCAUUCUCAGCUUCUCAGAUUAUGCAAAAAUGUGCAAUACAGAUCUUGCAACUAAGGUCUCCAAUUCUAUUCAAUAUUGAUAGAAAGAAUGAGUGUAAUGGAAAACCCAAACCUGUUGUCUUAAAUUGAAAAUGCUAAAGCAGUUAAUGUAAUAAACACAUUCUGUUGA